UGCCUUUAGCUACCCCUCUGGAUAUCCUGGCCACCCUAAUACCAACAUGGGACAAAAAACCAUGGCAACAAGGGGGGAUAACUGAAGUGGGACAGCUAUAUAAAGGAGCUAAACUCCGCCCAUUCCCAGACAUACAGAGGGAAUACAACCUUCCCUCCAGACUGAUUUUCCCAUACCUGCAGAUCAAAUCAUGCCUAUCUCAGAAUAAACCCCGCGCCAACAACGCUAAUACCCGAGAGCACCUAUGUGAAUUCGAACUCCUGUGCACGCACAGAAAACCGCUAAAGAAAUUAAUAUCCAUAAAUUACCGACUAUUACUACAGACGGUAGACCCACCCAAUGACACACAUAUACAGUCCUGGCAUUCGGAACUGGGAAGGACCAUAACUAGGGACAAAUGGGACAAGGCUUACUCCUCACACAAGGGAACAACUUCCUGUGCCACUCAUCUGGAGCUACAGCGCAAACUGCUGUACCGAUGGUACCUAGUCCCAGCCAGAGUCCACCACAUCUGGUCGCAAUCCACAGACAAAUGCUGGAGGUGCGGACACCAAAGGGGUACCAUGACACACGUUUGGUGGAUGUGUGACAACAUCCAACCCUUCUGGUACGAAGUACAAAAUGUCAUAUCAAAUAUCAUACGCACUCAGGUAACCCUCACCCUAGAACUCUGCAUUUUAUUCAUCCCCCCAGAUGAGACUCCCAAAGCCACAUGGACAGCCAUGUACCACGUAUUAAUAUCAGCAGCGACACUCAUCGCAAGGUUUUGGAAACAGGUAGCAAUCCCAUCCAGGGAACUCCUCAUACAGCAAGUCUCACUCAAUUGGGUCUAUGAGACAGUAUUUGCAACCCAAUUUGGAACUAAAAAACACUUGAAACAAGCCCAUACUAUGUGGACAGAUUUCCUGACCCGUUCCAAACCACAAGCCGCUCCUAAAGAGAGUCCGCCGACAACUACACAAGACAAGACCCCACGGAAACCGCACACUGACCAGACUCCAGCGCGAACCACCCCUCCCACAGCACAAGAGAAUACCACCUCUGAGAGACCCCCACCCUCUACCCCUCCCCCCCCACCCUGA